GUAUUAUGAUCUAGUAUUGAGUUAAUUUUUAACUGGUUUAAUACGUUCUGUAAAAUAAAAAAAUGCCACGUUUAAGCUUAGACACAAAUUUACCAGCUUCAAAAAUUCCCGAAGAAUUUUUGAGCACAUGCACUUCUCUUAUUUCAAAAAGUUUAGGGAAAAGACAAUCAUAUUGCAUAUCAACAGUGAACCCGGGUGUAAAAAUGACAGUUGGUGGAUCCAAUGACCCAUGUGGAUUUAUUCAAGUAACAAGCAUUGGGAGUUUGUCACCAGAAGAGAAUCCCAAACAUAUUGAAGUUAUAACUGACUAUAUACAUCAAACUCUUGGAAUUCCGAAAGAGAGGCUUUUUAUAAACUUACAAGCAAAUAUUCAAGCAACUACCGGUUAUCUUGGAACCACCUUCCAUCAACUAUUUACUGUUGAAAAAGGAAAACGUCUUUAAAUAAAAUAAAAACGUUUAUACUUUGAAUGAUUUUUAAAAACAUUAUAUUGUUAUAUAAAGAGGUAUUUACCAAGCACGCUUACCCCCGUUUAUCCUUUUAUAAUGCAAUUAUUCAAAUUCUGAUUUUUGGAAUAUUUAAGUUUACUAAAAGACGAUAUUUUCAUGGACCUUUAUUUCUUAUACCAUUUAUGUAGUGUCUUGAUAAACUUAGUUUUUCAAGAUAAUUCUUAUAACCAUGGUAUUUUAUUAAAUAUUGAAUAAAUUUAAUAUUAAGUUUAGUGUUUUAAUUUGGAGUGCUCAUCGAUUUUUAUAAAUUAUAAAAUUAUAAUCUAUUA